ACCUCAAAAUUGAUUUAAAUAUACAAAAUGUCUACAAUUUUAAUGUGUCGUAAAAUAAUAAAUUGGAGUAUUAAAACGAAAUUUUCAUCGAAAAAUUUAAAACUUCAUACAUUUAAUGGAUCGAAACUACCGAUUUUGAAGACGAAUAGUCAUAGUAAUACAUCAAAAAGGGGUUUUUUUAAGAUCUUAAGGAAACCAACGAAAGAAGAUUUGAAGAUGUUAGAUGAUAUCCCCGAUCAUUUUAAAUUAAUCCACAGGAACACAAUGGAACGUUAUAUAUUAUACACUCAAAUAGGAACGUGUUUAUCCAUUGUAAUUGUUGUGAUUUUCUGUAUGUUUUCCAUUAAAUCUUCGACGAAAGAAUUGAAAUUUUUAGGCCAACAAAAACACGUCCCUCGAUCGACACAAAACGAAUUAGAAAUCUACUUGGCGAUAUUCGUCGCACUGGUGGUAAUAUUACAAUUGAUAAUUUUAAAGAUGCCUUUGAGAAUAUAUUAUUGCUGCAAACAGAAGAAGUACAUACUAAUUUUUCCUACAAAUUUACCGUUUACUUAUAGUAGAAUGACAUGUGAGGUGGGAGACUUGGAAAAGCUGCCUUUACAGGGGAUUUUACCGUGGAAAGACGCUAGGUUUAGGAUAAAAGACAGAAAUAUCAUACUAAUUGAUGAUCACUUUAGAAGGCCUGCAGAUUUGUCAGUUAUGAUGGGAAUUCAAAAGGACCCCGAUAGCGAGGACUAAUGUGCAAUAUUUGUUGUAUCCUGUAUAUAAACGAGUUUGAGUUCCACUUGAAGUUACAUAACUGAAAAGUCGAUGAUAAGGAUAAUAAAACAUGAUGUUAAAUAAAUAUUUAAUGGUUUCCUAUGUUUUUUUUAAUUAUAAAUACAGUAGUCUCAAAAAUAAAGAUAACAUCGAUAAUUGA